AUGAAUAUUAGUUCUUUUUUAAAUAAAUCAAGUAAUUUAUUAAAUGACAAUUUUAGUUCAUAUAUUUUAAUUAAAGAUAAAAAUAAUGUAUUUAAUCAUAUAUUAUUUCCUUUUUUUAAGUUAAAUAUUGAAAGUUUUAUUAACUCUAUAAUGGAAAAUUUAUAUAUUAAUAGGAGUUAUUCUAUUUUAGUAAAAUUUGGAUUUAAAGGUAAUACAAUUAAUUUAAUGUCAGGUGAUCAAAUAGGUAUAAAGAUAGAAAAUUUUCAUGAUUUAGAAUUUUAUAAAGAUAUAUACAAUAUUAUUAUGUUAAGAAUGGAUGAUAUUUUGGCUAAAUAUGAUAUUGAUUCAAUUCCUGAUACUAUUGUUAUUUCAUAUAAAGAAUUAGAUAUUUCAACUAAAUUAGAAUUUUUUAGUUUAAAUAAAAAAGAAUUAAAUAAAUCUAUUUUAGGUGAAGUUAAAAAUAAAGAAUUAUUUAGUAAUAGAUAUUUACCUUUAACUUAUGAUAAUAGUUAUUUUGGUAACUUAAUUGAAACUGAUUUAAAAUAUAAAUAUAUUAAAUUGUUAAUUAGUAAUAAUUUAAAAACAGGUAUGAAAUAUCCUAAUAUUUUAAUGGAUUUGGAUUUAAUUAAAAAUUGUAAUAUUUAUAUAAAAACAAUGAAGUUUAAAAAUAAAGAAACUAAAAUAGUAAUUAUAAAUAUAAAUUUAUAUGAAUAUAUGACAUAUUUAACAAAAAAUAAAUUAAACGAAAAAUCAAAUUUAUUAAGUGAUAUAAGUUUAAAUAGUUUAAAUGAUAGUUUUAAAUUAAGAUUUGUAUUUGAUCUUAAUACAGGUAUUUUAUUAUAUGAGGUUUUAGAUUAUAAAAUAAAUUCAAAUGUUUUUAUCAGAAAAAUUAAAAAUUUUACUAUUAAAAUAGAAGAAAAUAAAGUAGUUGAGGUUAGUCGUUCUUUAAAUUUAGAUUAUAUUAAACAACCUAAAUUUAAAAGUAAUUUUAUUACUAAUCCAAAUUUAGGUGUAUUAGAUGUAGAAACUUUUGUAAAUUCCCAAGGUUUAGGACAGGUUUAUUGCAUAGGUUUUUGUAGUUUAUUAGAAAAAGAUAAAGUUCAAGUUUUCUAUUUGAGUGAUUUAGGUCCUUCUUUAAAUUCAGAUUUAUUAAUAAUAAAUUGUAUUAAUUCAAUGUUAGUUAAUAAAUAUCAUAAUUAUUAUUGGUAUAUCCAUAAUAUGGGUAAAUUUGAUAUAGUUUUUAUACAUAAAACUUUAGAAGAAUAUAAUUUAAAUUAUAAAAAGGUCUAUUAUAUAUUAAAUACUACUUAUAAAGAUGGAAAAAUGUUAAGAUUGAUUAUAAAACGAAAAAUAAAUAAUAAAUAUAUAAAAAUUACUUUAUUAGAUUCUUAUAAUAUAUUAUCAGAUAGUUUAGAAUCUCUAACUAAAGAAUUUAAUGUCGAUAAUUUAAAGGGUUCUUUCCCUUAUUCUUUUGUUAAAGAAAAUAAUUUAAAUUAUAUUGGUGAAACUCCUGAAAUAAAAUAUUAUAAUAAUCUGAGUAUAUCUGAAUAUAAUAAAUUUUAUUCUAAAAAUAAUUGGUCUUUAAGAGAUGAAUCUUUAAAAUAUUUAAAAUCAGAUAUUUUAGGAUUGUUAGAAGUUUUAGAUAAAUUUAAAACUAGUUUAUUUAUUGAACAUAAUUUAGAAAUGACAGAUGGGUUAACUAUUUCAAGAUUAGCUUUAAAUAAAUUUUUAAAAUUUUAUUUAAAGGAUUCUAAAAUUCCUUUAAUUAAUAAUUUAAAUUUAUUUAAUUUUUUAUAUUUAGGUUACUAUGGGGGUAGAACUGAGGUUUUUAAACCUUAUGGUAAAAAUUUAUUUUAUUAUGAUGUAAAUUCUUUAUAUCCUAAAGUAGCUUUAAAUAAUAUGGGAGGAGUGAAAGCUAAAUAUAUUAAAAGUUUUAGCUACAAAGGAUUAAUCAUAGAUAAUAUAUUUGGUAUUUUCAAAGCUAAAAUUAAGACUAAUUAUAAUUACAUAGGGCUACUUCCUAUUAAAACUAAAUUAGGUUUAAUUUUCCCUGAUGGAGAAUUUGAAGGUGUUUGGCCAAGUCCAGAAUUAAAAUUAGCUAAAGAAUUAGGAUAUGAAGUUACAAUCACAGAAGGAUAUGAUUUUGAAGAAGUUCCUAGUUUCUUUACAGAUUAUAUAACAGAUCUUUAUAAUUUAAAAUCUAAAACUUCAGGAUUUAAGAAAAAAAUAAAUAAAAAUUUAUUAAACAAUUUAUUAGGAAGAUUUGGUUUAAAUAUUAUUAAACCUAUUACAAAAAUAGUAAAUAGUCAAAAUUUGGAUUUAUUAAUAAGCACUAGAAAAAUAAAAUCCUUCCAAGAAAUAACUAAGAAUUCAUUUUUAGUUAACUAUGUUCCUUUAAUUGAUCCUAAAAUUUGUGAAGAUCAUGGGUUAGACUAUCUUAAGGUUUUAAGUGAUAAUAAUUUUACUAAUUUAGAAAAAAAUAUAGAUAUAUUUGAUGAUGUUUCUGUACUUGUAUCUGCUUUAGUUACAUCUUAUGGUAGAAUAUUUAUGAUUAAAAUUAUUUUAGAAAUCUUGAAAGUAGGUGGUAAUGUUUAUUACACCGAUACUGAUAGUUUAGUAACAGAUAUUCCUAUAGAAAUUUUAAAUCCUAAUUUAGUAGGAGGAGAUUUAGGACAAUUUAAAUUAGAAUAUAAAAUUAAAGAAGGUUAUUUUAUUUCAAAUAAAACUUAUUGUUUAGUGUUAAAUGAUGAUAGAUUAAUAAUAAAAUGUAAAGGUCUUAAAAAUGAUUCUUUAAGUUUAGAUGAUUUUAAAUCUAUGUAUUUUCUAUCUAAAAAUGUUUACGGUAAUAAAAUUUCAUCUAUAACUGAUUUAUCUAAAGGAUCUGUUGUAAUUGAAGAUAAAAAAAUAUUACUGCAACAUGAUGCAUACUUAAAAAGAAAAAAAUAUUAUAAUGAAAAUGGUUUAUGGAUAGAUACUAAACCUUUAGUAUUUAAUAAUAUAGAAAAAGGUAUUAUACCUUAUAAUAAUUAG